GAAAUAUUAUUUAGUAGUAAAGAAAUUAAUAUCUCUAAUGAUAAUUUAAUCUUGGUGAAUCAAAUCUUUGACUAUGAAGAUUGUAAGGACUGUCAACCUCUCGGAUUUGUUAAUGUCAUUUCCGAUAAAAUUGGUUAUGGCUCAUUAACUUCAAAACACCUGAGCAUAAAUGAAAGCGAUGAUGGUUCAAUUGUUUAUCUUUCAAUUCCUAUUAAAAAGG